CCCAUGCAGCGAGUGCCCGGGCAGGGAGAUCCACGAUCUUCACGGGGCUGAAUCUUGGUGUUUCUGAGUGUUAUUGGGCUGAAUGUUGGAGUUUUGUUUUUUUGUGGGGGCUGAAUCUUUCUAUGUUGGGGGGGAUAUCAGAUUUUUGGUGUUUUGGAAGUUUUUGAUCUGUCUUGAUGUUUGGAGGAUUUUUUGGGCUGAAUCUUGGUGUCCUGGAGGUCCUUCCAGACACUAGAUGCCCAAUGACUUCCUGAGAUGAACUUGGGAAAGGAGAAACCCUCAGCCCAAGGCUUUUUCCUUUCUUUUUUUCCCCCAAACCAGGAUUUUUCAUUCCCAAGCUGUGGUCAGAUGGAGGAGGAGGAGGAAAAGCCCUGGAGAUCUCACACAAGCAGAGGCUGCAAACCCAGCCCAGGGAGCUGUGAGGAGGAAAGAUCCUCCCUGUGCCGGGAAGGUGGUCGGAGAUCCAGCCGGAGCUCAGAGCAGGGGGUGAAGCCCCACAAGUGUUUGGAAUGUGGGAAAGAUUUCAGCCGCAGCUCCAGCCUGCUCCGGCACCAGAUGAUCCACACUGGGGAAAAGCUCUACGCGUGUGGGGAAUGUGGGAAGAGCUUCAACCAGAGCUCCAACCUGAGGUCACACCAGGUGAUCCACAGUGGGGAAAGACCCUAUGAGUGUGGGAAAUGUGGGAAGAGCUUCAGAGAUACCUCUGACCUGAUGAAACACCAGGUGAUCCACACGGGGGAACGGCCCUACACCUGCUUGGAAUGUGGGAAGAGCUUUGGGUGGAGUUCCAAUCUGAGGAAACACCAGCGCAUCCACACCAGGGAGAGGCCCUACAAGUGUCCCAAGUGCGGGAAGAGUUUUCGGACCAGCUCUGAUGUCCUCCUACAUGAGCGGAUUCACACAGAGGAGAGGCCCUUCCGCUGCCCCGACUGCGGGAAGGGCUUCAAGCACAGUUCCCACCUCACUGUCCACCAGCGCAUCCACAGUGGGGAGAGGCCCUACGAGUGUCCCCAGUGUGGGAAGAGCUUCUCACAGAGAUCUGACUUGACCAAACACCAACGGAGGCACCACUCAGAGCUGGGGGAGAAGCCCCACAAGUGCUUGGAAUGUGGGAAGGGCUUCAGGUGGAGCUCCCACCUGAUCCAGCACCAGGUGAUUCAUACCGGGGAAAAGCCCUACGAGUGUGGGGAAUGUGGGAAGAGCUUCAACCACGUCUCCAGCCUGUGGAAACACCAGAGGAUCCACACUGGGGAACGACCCUAUGAGUGUGGGAAAUGUGGGAAGGGCUUCAGAGCUAUUUCUGAACUGAUGAGACACCAGGUGAUCCACACAGGGGAACGGCCCUACACCUGCUUGGAAUGUGGGAAGAGCUUUGGGUGGAGCUCUGGCCUGAGAAAACACCAGCUCAUCCACACUGGGGAGAGGCCCUACGAGUGUCCCCAGUGUGGGAAGAGGUUUCAGCGCAGCUCCCAUGUCCUCCAACAUGAGCGGAUUCACACAGAGGAGAGGCCCUUCCGCUGCCCCGACUGCGGGAAGAGCUUCAACCGCAACUCCAACCUCACCGUCCACCGGCGCAUCCACAGUGGGGAGAGGCCCUACGAGUGUCCCCAGUGUGGGAAGAGCUUCUCCACCAGCUCUCACUUGACCCGACACCAACGGAGGCACCAGAUCCACACUGGGGAAAAGCCCUACGAGUGUGGGGAAUGUGGGAAGAGCUUCAGCCGGAGCUCCAGCCUUUGGAAACACCAGAGGAUCCACAUGGGGGAACGACCCUAUGAGUGUGGGAAAUGUGGGAAGGGCUUCAGAGAGAUCUCUAACUUGAUGACACACCAGGUGAUCCACACAGGGGAACGGCCCUACACCUGCUUGGAAUGUGGGAAGAGCUUUGGGCAGAGCUCUGGCCUGAGAACACACCAGCUCAUCCACACUGGGGAGAGGCCCUACGAGUGUCCCGAGUGUGGGAAGAGGUUUCAGACCAGCUCCAAUGUCCUCAGACAUGAGCGGAUUCACACAGAGGAGAGGCCCUUCCGCUGCCCCGACUGCGGGAAGGGCUUCCAGUACAACGGCCACCUCACCGUCCACCGGCGCAUCCACAGUGGGGAGAGGCCCUACGAGUGUCCCCAGUGUGGGAAGAGCUUCUCCAGGAGAUCUAACUUAGCCCGACACCAACGGAGGCACCAGUAAGGGAAGCCCUGCGAGUGCCCCGAGUGCGGGAAGAGCUUCGUGCGCUGCUCCAGCUCCAUCCCCCAUGGGAGGAUCGGCGUUGGAUGAUCCCCAGUGACCCCCGUUGGGCAGAGCCCUGGUGAUCCGUGGUCCUGGUGAUCCGUGUUGGGAAGACACCUGGCUGGGAGGCUCCACAUCUUCCUGGCUCCCUGUGGGCAUCUGGAUGAAAGCAGGGGAAUGAAAAUCCAACAGGAUACAGA